GGAGAAGAAGCAUCUUGUUCAGAGAAGAUCUUUGUUGAACAACCCGGAUGUUAAUAAGACGUAACAUCCGGUGUGACGGGUCCGUGAAGUGGGUGAAAGGUGAAUAAAAGUCGCUGCUGGUGUUUGCUGGUUCUCUGCUCUGGGAUCGUCAUGUUGCAGAACUCGGGGAAGCUCGCCGGCUGCACGCUCUUCAUCACGGGAGCGAGCCGCGGCAUCGGGAAGGCCAUCGCCCUCAAAGCCGCCCGGGACGGCGCCAACGUGGUGAUCGCCGCCAAGACGGCGGAGCCGCACCCGAAGCUUCCUGGGACCAUCUUCACGGCGGCAGACGAAGUGGAGGCGGCCGGAGGGAAGGUGCUGCCCUGCGUCGUCGACAUCCGGGACGAGCAGCAGAUCGGGGCGGCCGUGCAGAAAGCCGUGGAAACGUUUGGGGGCAUCGACAUCCUGGUGAACAACGCCAGCGCCAUCAACCUGACGGGAACGCUGGAGACGCCCAUGAAGAAGGUGGACCUGAUGCUGGGGAUCAACCUGAGAGGGACAUACCUGACGUCGAAGCUGGUCAUCCCCCACCUGCUGAAGAGUCGCCGUCCUCACAUCUUGAACCUGUCGCCGCCCCUCAACCUGAACCCCGUCUGGUUCAAGAACCACACCGCGUAUACGAUGGCGAAGUACGGCAUGUCCAUGUGCGUCCUGGGAAUGGCCGAAGAGUUCAGAGGUCAAAUCGCCGUCAACGCCCUGUGGCCCAGAACCGCGAUCCAGACGGCGGCCAUGGACAUGCUGGGAGGCGACGGCAUCGGGAAGCAGUGCCGUACGGCAGACAUCAUGGCGGACGCCGCCUACGCCGUUCUGUCCAAGCCCAAGGACUACACGGGUCACUUCCUGGUGGACGAGGACGUCCUCAAGGAGCACGGCGUCAAAGACUUCGACCAGUACGCCGUCCAGCCAGGCCACCCACUGCUGCCGGACUUCUUCCUGGACGAAGCGCCGGAGACUCUGGUCCAACAGAUGGAGCAGCACGGGGCAACGCCGGCCUUCAAAGCGCCCCCCUCGGACACGCCCCUUUCCGGCGGACCAAUAGGAAACACCUUUGACAUCAUCAGAGGCGUCAUCAAUGAGGACGUCGUCAAGGCGACUCAGGGCGUGUACCGCUUCGACCUGUCAGGCGACCACAGCGGCGUCUGGUUCCUGGACCUGAAGAGCGGCUCCGGCAGCGCGGGUCAGGGGGAGCCGCCCGCCAAGGCCGACGUCGUCAUGACGAUGGACUCCGGCGACUUCGCCAAGAUGUUUGCGGCUGAAGCCGACCAUGGCCUUCAUGACGGGGAAGCUGCGCAUCAAGGGCGACAUGACGCUCGCCAUCAAGCUGGAGAAGCUGAUGGGCCGCAUGAGCAAGGCCAAGCUGUGAGGCCCCGCCCACCGGGCCGAGGCCCCGCCCACCGGGCAGAGCCCCCGCCCACCGGGCAGAGGCCCCGCCCACCGGGCAGAGGCCCCGCCCACCGGGCCGAGGCCCCGCCUCCUCGCCGUUUCCAGCUGUACGUGUUGCCUUAACGACAAACUCGCAUCCCGGUGUAACGCACCGCCGUUGCCAUGACGAUGAACGGCGCCGUCUGGAUGUUUCUGAACUGAUUUUCUUACCCGACUAACAGCUGAUUGUGUUGCCAUGGUAACAGAAAAUAAAGGAAUCAAACUGA